AUGAAGAUUACUUCCGUCCUAUCGUAUUUUUCUUUCUUCGCCGGUCUUGCCUUGAUGGUUCAGGCGCAUGUUGACUAUAAUGAAUAUGAAGCUCGUGAUUACAUCGACGAACUCGCCGCACGCGAUCUAGUUCUGGACUAUCACGCGCGUUCCUCUUUGCUCGCGGAACUCGACACACGCGAACUCGUUGAAGAACUCGAGAACAGACUUCAACGUCGAGGCCCCAAGCCCCCCGGCCUCAAACCAUCCAAGGUCUCACGCAAGGUCAAGGGAGUUGGAGGAAACAUUGUGUCGAAGGAUAAAUAUAAGUGUCCUUACUGUGGAUCUGAAUGGGACACAGUACAAGACACUGCCGGCGACGACUACUGCGAUUAUUUGAGUGCCGUCGACUGCAGCAAAUUCUGCAAAGCCAAAUAA